GACCCUGAAUUCAUUUGGUGGAACAUUAGGGUUAUUCCAGCUGCACAAGAUGUAUCUGUUCUGUCCUCCUGCCAAUUUUUGCAUAAAUUCACAAUGGCAACUGUCCAAGAUGGAAACAAAUAAUGUUUGGCUCGGUCAAUGCAUCAACUUUCAAGUACAUCGCUGCUAAGUUCUACCAUCCAAGCACGCGCUUUUAUGAUCUUCAUGGGCUUAGCAGUAGCAAAGGAGGAGAAUGUGACCUAAUUCAGGCCAAUAACAAAUUCAUUGCUCUGCCCUUGUCAGGGCCUGGCGGCCGAAUUGGUAUUAUCAAUGCUAAAAAACCUGGUAGACUUCCAGCGCAUAUACCUUGCUUGCUAUGUAAUUCGGAAGUAAGCAAUUUCAAAUUUGACCCAUUCAACGAAAAUAUUCUAGUUACAGUGUCUAACGACAAUAAAAUAAGGCUAUGGGAGAUUCCAGAAGAUGGCAUUGAAGAGGAUGUAGCAGAGCCCAAGUGUGUUCUUAGAGCAUCAAAUAUGGAUAAAAUUCAACUGAUUGAGUUCCACCCCAACAGCAAAGAUGUCCUUCUCACUACUUCGAAUGAUUUAGGAUCGCCUAGCAUUCGCAUUUGGGACCUUCAAGCUCAGAAAGACGAAAUAACACUCACUGGUCAACAUAAAGACAUUAUUCUUAGCUGUGCAUGGAGUCCUGAUGGCACAAAAAUUGCCACCCACAGCAAAGACAAAAAGGUUCGUAUUUUGGACGCUAGAACAGGUGAUGUGGUAGCCGAGGGGCCCUCUCAUCAAAGUAUUCGCCCUUCUCGUCUUGCCUGGGUGAACGGUCAAUCCAUUGUCAGCGUGGGGUUCGGAUUAGGCUCAUCUAGAGAAGUUUUGCUUUUCAAGACUCAAGACCUCUCACGACAUUUAGCAAAGAAAACAAUUGAUAUUUCACCAAGUUUGAUGAGUAUACAUUACGAUCAAGACUGUCAAUUGUUGUUUGUUGCAGGGAGAGGUGAUCGAACAAUUCAUCCCUUCCAUAUUAUGGGCGAUGAACAAUUGAUAUCUUUACCAAAGAUCGAAGGGGCAAAUUUACAACAAGGAUUUGCCUUUUUACCAAAAUCACAAUGCAAUGUCAAAGAAAUCGAAAUCGAGCGAUUUUACCGCUUAUCGCCUGAUCAAAUUGAGCAAGUAGGUGUUCGCGUGCCUAGAGCAAGGCCUGAAUACUUCCAGGAUGACAUUUUCGUGCCCACUGCAGAUAUAGAGAAUCCAGCACAAGAUGCUGCAAGCUGGUUUAAGGGUGAGAAUAAACAGCUAGAGCGUAUACCUUUGAAACCAGAAGAUAUGGAACCAUUGUCAUCUGCUCCUCCUCCGGCUUCUCAAGCUCAAUCGAAAGCAAAAUUUGAAAUGGGAAAGCAGGAGGUUACUGAGGAACAAAGAAAGAAAGAGCAAAUGGAACGUAUGUUUGCUAUUGCUAAAAGCGUUGAAGGUGACGAAGAUGAAGAAGUGCAGACGAAAAAGGCGGCAAGCCAAGAAGACGAAGAAGUUGCUGAUGAGGAAUGGGAUGACUAAGUCCACUGGCAUUAAAUAAAAAUGUGAAGAAACCAAAGAUAUUCCCCAAAAACUGUUAAAGGUGAUGGUUAAACGAUGCUGAUGUGUUUUGUUUUAUUGCUUCUAAAAAUGAGUUUCUUUUUGGCCAUUAUAUACGGUCUAUGCACAACUUUAUCCGACCAUAGUCCUCUUACGACCUCUCAUUCUUACUAA